AUGCGACAGCACUCCAUGUCUAGUGUCAGGAAAUUAAAUGAGCUGGUGCACGAGUGCAACGUGCAACUGGCGUUAUUUCGAAAUGCGACACAAGGUAUAGGAACUAGUCAUGAUGGCGCCUCGUUGAGGAGAGAAGUCGAAACUGCCGGCCGGGCAUGCUUGAAAGCAUGCGAAGCAGCGAAGAAUUGUGUUUUACCGCAAUUACGGCAUGAAGGUGUGGAAUUCACACGGCAUGCAUCACAAUUUAUUGGAUGUGUAGCAGCUUAUGUGGUAGAGAUGAAACGAUGCGUAGCUUUAGAGAAGACAUUUCCAGCCCCCACCGAACCGUCGAUCACGCCGCAGCAGAUAGCUAAUAUGGAAGCAAUGUUGGUGACAUUAGAAAAUUUGAUCACCGUACAUUUUUCCACGAGCGAAUCAUCCCCUACCGAUAAGGUGACCCCUAGGCGGCGACGAGCAACAUCCUGUCGGCCGCAAUGUGUAUGUUCAAAGCUCAAAACGAGCUAUGCCUAACUACUGCCACUGUUUUUCGCCGUAUACUAAAGAACACAUACAGUACUAUGCUGCCGGAUAGAGUGCGAGUAAGAUUCAGAAGAACUGCGCACCUGUUGCAGUGCGAACCGCAACGCAGCCGCGGCGCAGUGUUGUGUUCUUUUUACUGAUUGAUCGCGCGGUAAUUCAGCUCAACGCAUCGCUAGCAAAACUUCUCUUCUCCUCCUCAUUUCAUUCAUUAUUUAAUGUAUUGUCAAUCGCCUCACUAAAAGCUGCAUGAGAAUUUUUAUGCGCAUGUGUUUUUUUUCUAGAAGUAUGGGAGUUUUUAUCCCACUCUUUUCAAUGUCCCAUUGUGUGCACAGGCACUCUGUCUAUCGUAUGCAAAGUUUGCGCAAUCUACUCUAGCACAAAUAUUUUUUCCGUUCAUAGUUCGUUUUUUUUUCUGGGUAAAAUAGCGCACCAUGAUGUUGACGAGUUUUGCAUACAUUCACACUCACAUGUAUCCUCGAUCCCUAUUCGCCACGUGGUGCCAUCAAUCAAUGUAUCGAUUUGUUUAUCACAUCGCGUGUGCAUGUGCGCUUCCAUGUGUGUACGUAACGCCCUCUUUCUCCUUGUGUCCCAGUGCCACAUGGGUAUGCCCCGCCCCUUCUUUUUCGUGUUCCAUGCAUCCCUCAAUACGAGCAUAUUACUUUACGACAUAUGUCCUUUGUACAUUUCCUUAGGCGCCUAUUUUUCUCAUUCAUACCGUUCAUUUGUUCGUUCACACAUCUCCUACUCGAUACAAGUCAGCAAAGAGAGCAUAUUAAUCCAGUGAGAAUAUCGAUCAAUCAUGGUUAGAACUCUGCUAUCUACUAUGACUCAUACUCCAAAAACUUCAAACGUGAUCAAAUAUCAAUUACUUGUUCUAGUCCUAUUACUUGUAUAUAUAACAUAUGGUGAUUUAUAUCGUGCUUGAUCCAUGUCAUCAAUAAAGAUUUUAUGCUGAGC